AUGUUAGUUAGUCGAAGAUAUUUAGGAGUUGCUGAACUAGAUGGUUGUAUAUAUGCUGUUGGUGGAGAAGAUGAUAAUGGUGCUGAAUUAAAUAGUGUGGAAGUUUUUGAUAUCAGUAUUCAAAAAUGGCGAAUGGUUUCCAACAUGACAACUAAAAGAUAUGAUUUGGGUAUGGGAGUACUCAGUAAUCGUAUAUAUGCGAUAGGAGGUUCGAAUAGUUUCUGUUCUUUGAAAUCUGUCGAAUGUUAUGAUCCCUCAAAUGAUAUAUGGACAACAGUUACAGAUAUGUCUGUAGAACGUUCUUUUGUUGGUGUAGGAGUGUUGGAUGGUGUAAUCUACGCUAUUGGUGGUAAAAAUGGAACAGGAACUUCUCUCAAAAGUGUAGAGGCUUAUAAACCAAGUGAUGGUGUGUGGACUUCCAUUGCUGACAUGCACAAGUGUAGAGACUCCGCUGGUGUAGUUGCGUUUGAUGGUUUACUGUAUGUUAUGGGUGGAGAAAAUGAUGGUUCGGUUUGUUUCAGCAAACUGUUAUUUAGUGUAAUUUCUGCUUAUGCAUAA